UCAGUUGAUCAACUGAUGGACACACAGAGGCUCUCUUGCUUUCUCUUUCACUGCUUUAUAUCCUGUUUUUUCUGGACAGGACAUCGGUUGUUUUGUGGACUUGCUUUUGCGUUUUCUUCUUUGACUCAUCUGCGAGGUUAAAUAGAGUCUUAAUCUUCUUUCCCCUCGCCCUCUUGGAUCUUCUGUUUUCUCCUGUUGGGAUUUUUUCUUCUUUUUCUCCCAGCCUGAUCGUCUGCUCUCCUGUGUGCAUAUCAACCCUUCCUUUUCCCCUGCUCUCCUUCUCCUUUUCCUCCCAUCGUCCACCGUUCCCUUUCUCCUUGUGCGUGGUUUUUGGGCCAUGCUCUCCUCACCCACUGUGAUUCUCCAGCCUUAUGGACUCCCUGUCUACCCACAGACAACCUCAUGCUACCCCGGCCUAGUUCAGGGAGGCCCCUCUCAGGAGGCCGGACCCGGCAGCGGCGACCCUGGCCUGUCUCAGGUCUACGCCCCUCCUCCCUCCUACCCCCCGCCUGGUCAAGGUCCACCAACAUCUGCAGGCAGACUGCCACCUCUUGAUUUCACCUCUGUACACCCAGGUUCAGAGUACGCCGACCAUCCUCAACUCCGAAUCUACCAGGGCCCCCAGCUGGACGGGGUGGAGGCUCUGACAUCCAGUAACACGGAGGAUGUUUUGGCCCCUGUGACCUCUGACCCCCAGUCCCUGAGCGUGUCGGUGUCAUCAGGGGGCGGAGCAGGAAUUGGAAGUGAUGAUGAGGGGUCGGAUAAGGCCCAACCCAAACGCCUCCACGUCUCCAACAUCCCGUUCCGCUUCAGAGAUCCGGACCUCCGCCAGAUGUUUGGGCAAUUUGGGAAGAUCCUCGAUGUAGAAAUUAUCUUCAACGAGAGGGGGUCCAAGGGCUUUGGGUUCGUCACCUUCGAGAGUGCGAGCGAGGCUGACCGAGCAAGAGAAAAGCUGAAUGGGACGAUUGUGGAGGGGAGAAAGAUCGAGGUUAAUAACGCCACUGCAAGAGUAGUUACCAAGAAGCCCCAGACGCCUCUUGUGAAUGCUGAAAUUUCAACUUCUGGAUGGAAGAUCAACCCUGUCAUGGGGGCGAUGUACGCACCUGAACUCUAUACAGUUGCCAGUUUCCCGUAUCCUGUAGCAACUCCCACCUUGGCCUACCGGGGCUCUGCGCUGCGCGGUCGAGGUCGAGCCGUCUACAACACGAUUCGCUCUGCUGCAGCCACGCCUGCUGCUGUGCCCGGCUACCCCGGGGUGGUGUAUCAGGAUGGACUGUAUGGAGCAGAAGUCUACGGUGGCUAUCCUGCAGCCUACAGAAUGGCUCAAUCAGCAUCUGCUGCCACGGCAACCUACAGUGACGGAUACGGACGCGUUUACACGACAGCUGCGGAUCCCUAUCACCACUCAGUUGGACCAACGACGACAUAUGGAGUUGGUACAAUGGCCAGUUUGUACAGAGGAGGAUAUAACCGCUUCACCCCGUACUGAGACACCCACCGAUGAGGGGGGGGGAAGACGUCUCUUUUCUACUCUGGCACUGGCUGAUCCAUGGACGCUGCAGGACAGAUUGUGAGAUCCUUGGAAAUGUGGAAAUGGUUUUACUUCCGGCCUCCGUCACAACCUCUCCUCCAGAGACUAAACAGACUGAAGUUGUAAAUAGUAUAGGACCCAUUUACUGUCCAGUCUACUGAUGAAUACUUAGCACCUGGAGGAGGAUGCUAUGUAUGUAAUAUAUAGACACUUGCUUAAAACAUUUAAAGGAUUAUUUUCUGAAUUUAAAGAGCUAACACGACAGAAGUUGGUGAAAAUACUGUGAGAAUGAAUUUUGUGAGUAAUUUUCUUUUUCAAGUUUCAGGGGUCAAACUGUACAAACAAGUUUGUACAAUGUCAAAUGACUUAUUUUUGAUGACAAUUAUUUACUAAAUCUCUGUUUGAGUGAGUGUGUGAGCGUGUGUGUGUGAGCAUAUGAGUGAGGUUACGCAUCAACACUGUUCAGUUAGCCGGAGAGACAGCUGUGACACUGGUAUCAUUAUUACAAACUAAUGUUUUAUCUGGAUGUAGUUGGAAUUUCAUUUGUUUGUUUUUUGCCUUUCUAACAAUCUACCUCUCAUACGUUUUUAGCUUUAAAUUCAGCCGUCAUUAUUAAUCCUGAAUCCUUCUCUGUGUUUGUGAUCUUUGAUUCUGCAGAGCUGUUUCUUUUCUCUUCACUUCUCAAUAUAUACUAUGUCCAUAAAUGCUAAUUUAAAGGUGCUAUUGAUAACAUUUAGCCACUAGAUGUUGUACUCUCCCUCCCCCCGUUCCAUUGCAUUCACUUCACAACAAGUGGUUGCCGGUUCGUUGCACAACUUGCAUAUUUUACAGUCGAGUGGCGUGAGACUCAGACAUGUGAUACCAUCAUUGCUUUACCAUUGGCUCAUAAGCCUUGUUAGAAGUGGGAACCAAACAUCAGAUAUCUUCCACAGAGAUAAACAAAACAUUCACUUUGGACCUGCCAAUUUUUAAAAAAAUAUUAAUUCACAAUCUUAAUCUUUUUAUUUUUAGGAAAAGUGAUACUUUUAUUUGGCAUCUGUCUAAAAACGAUGUGGAUGUAUUAUUUUUUUUAAAGAUUAUUCGUAUACACAAAAAUGUUACCAAUAAGACCUUUAAAAUGGUUAGUUUUAUUAAAUUAGUUUCUGUUUGUGUGGCUCUGUACCUCACUACCCGAUGAGCCGGAUGCCUAUCGAGUGUUUUUUUCUCUUCUACUCAUCCAGGGAAGGUUUAUUUUACUGAGCUGCUUUAAACCCUGUUUUACAUUCACACAGUUAUACACAUGCACAACUGGGAAUUGCAGUUAAGAAGCAGUCUUUUGCUGUUGGCUUUACGACACAAACUGAGGAUUAAAGUCAGUAAAUGCUUCUCUCAUCUUUAUUCUGCAGAUAUAACUGCUCCUGUCGCCUCAUUUCACUCUUUACUGUCAUCUGUUCCUGUAUUUUCUCUCUCCUUCCUCAUUCUGAACUGUGGAAUGACUUCUUGACUUGUAUUGAUCACUUCUUUUUCUGCUGUGUUUGAUGGUUACCUCUAAAUAAAACUGUUUUCUCUCUUU